GGGGAAGAAUUUUACUCUUCCCAAUUCUCAACCACAACAUUUCGGAAAGAGAGCAAAUCAACAAUUCCCUAGGUUUCUUUGUCAUACGUGUGUUGAGAGGGAUGGCAAACUAAUAAUAUUUGCAGGAAAUGCAAGAGGAGAGGUUGUAUAUUGGAACUAUGACAGUAAUCCAGUGGGGGAUGAAAAAGUAGUAGGAAAACAUGUCAAGCUCGGAACCCACUCAGCAGCUGUUCUUUGUAUAAUGUAUCAUCCAUUUCUCGAGUUAAUAGUAACUGGUUGUGUUGACCAUUCAAUGAAAGUAUUUGAUCCUUUUGGAAAAUAUCUUGCAGAGAAUUCAUGCCUUCAGACAAUGUUUUCUCAUGUAAAACCUGUAACAAGUCUGGCAUUUCAUUUCGAUUUGAUAAUAUCUGGAAGUUCGGAUAUGUUAGUAAAAAUUUGGAAACCAGAUAGAGAGAGGAAGAAACUCAAUUUAAUACCUUGGUUUUCAUGUUUUAAAACAUUGACAGAUUGCGAUGCAUGGAUUAGUGCAUUGUGGGCUUCUCCCGAGGACUUAUCAGGAGAACAAGGAGAAAUAGUAGUAGGAACGAUGAAGGGAACUUGUUAUGUAUAUAAAACAAUUGGAGAAUUAAGAGAUAGAAAAUCAAUAGUGGAUGUCAAGUUAAUGUACAAAUUAAAAAUGAGAGAUAAGGGUAUAACCAACAUCUUAAUGUUGCAAGGAAGCAAUAUGAUGGUGUCAACUGGUUUUGACAAUGUAGUUAAAUUUACAGAUUACAGUGGAAAAACAGUAUUCAGCAAAUUUACGAGAGAUGAAAGAAUUUGUGGAAUGGAUUGGGAUGACGAACAUGAGGAGUUGAUAACAGUUACAGAAUCUGGAAAGGUAGAUAUUUACCAGUAUAGAACUGGUGAAACAUCGUUAUCAUUUUAUUUUGGAAAGGAACCAACAUGUUUAUCUUUCUUUACUAAAAAGAUAAUUGUUUCAGGAAGGAAUGGAGUUCAAACAUUUUCGAUAGAAAGAAAUAUUCCUCAUAAGGAACACAAAUAUCACACUGAUGCAAUUGUUGGGAUUGGGCUGAAUACUAAAAGGACAGCAACUGCUCGUCUCAUCACUGCAGGUUCUGAUAACAAAAUUGUUAUAUGGGAAGUUUCAAAGUUUGACAUGAAACCUCUCGAUAAUAUCAAAUACACUCCAAAAGGUGACAAAACAGAAAUUACAUCUUUCAUUUAUGUGGAUGAUGGCAUUGGAUGUACUGGACAUGAUAGUGGUCACAUCACACUAUGGAAUUUGGAAAGAGGAAGGGAGUACGUAGAUAUUAAACUACAUCAAAACUCCGUGUAUAAUAUCAUUAAGGCCAAUGUUUCUUUGGACCGAUCUAAACCCACAAUUUUUUCUCCAAGAAGAUUAACAAACAAUAAGUUCUUUGGAGGUGAGAAGAAAGAAUGUCUAGUAUUAGUGACGGCAAGUUUUGAUGGGUCAUUUGCUGUCUGCGAUUUAUCUAGGUUUUUAUUUGAAAAGCAGAAUCCUGUUUUCAAAGUGAAACAAAAUGCUCACAAUAGAGAAAUUCUAUGCCUAGUUUUCAAUCCUAUGGAUAAGACUGUCAUCACGGGAGGAAAUGAUGGUAUGAUUCGAUUUUGGGCAAUUGAAGACGACAUUCCUCUGGUUGGUGAAAUCAAAGCUAAAAGGAAAAACAAUGAGGAAAGUGGUCACAAGAGUGCUGUUGUGUCAAUGGUUCUUGAUGGUAACUUUCUCUUCACUGCAAGUGAAGACCAGACAAUUGGUUUGUGGAAUGUAAAUACUAGGGAGAAAUUAGCUUCUUUGGAGAGUGACACAGGUGCAGUUCUAGGAAUGUGUUAUGCUGGAAAUGGAAGACUUAUGAGUUGGUUUAAAGAGGGAAGAGUUGAAGUUUGGAGAUUUAAUGCAGAAAAGGGUUCUCAGGAUAUAUUAUUCAGAUUUGAAGAUAAGAAGGCAGAAUUCUCUACAGUUUCGUUUGAUGAAGAAAAAGAUGAAAUAUUUGCUGGUGAUAUUGACGGUAAAAUACUGAGAGUCAAAACCAAUUACAAUGAGUUGAAUUCAGAGGCAGAACAGUAUAUUGAACAAAAUUUUAGAAAGGAACCAGAGCCAGUCGUAAAGCAACAAAAGAAAACCAAUCAAUCCAAAUUGAGUCUGAGCCACUCAAUACUAGACAUGAAUACUCUUUCAUUGCCAUCUACUAUAACAAUGAGCGAAAUGAUGAAUCAAAAAUCAAUAGAAACACCCAAUCCCACUUCAAGAUACAAGGUCAACUUUAAUUUAUUUGAUAUACUGAAUGAAGGAGAAACAAGUCAAUAA